AUGUCUUCAUCAAGUUUUGAAUUUGACUUUGACAGUUCAUCAUCAAGUGAUAAUUCUUUUUCAAUGACCAAAGAGCUUUUAAGUGAACCAAUCGAAGAUGAUGAAUCAUACAGCAAAAUGAUUCAUAAUGUUGUUCAAGCCAUUGCAAUCCAUGUUCCUAUGAUUGUUUCAACAACGUUAAUUGGUAACAAGCGUCCUCAUGGUGGAUCGACAUCUAGCAGACGAUAUAUUCGUCGUGAUAGGAAAGAGCGUCAUGAUUUAAUUAUUAAUGACUACUUCAAAGUUGUCGCAGCUGGAAGGGUUAGGUUGAGUCCGUUACAAAAAAUGAUAGCUGCAAUGCGAAUGCUUGCAUAUGGAUGUCCAACUGAUUUGCUUGAUGAAUAUGUUCAAAUUGGAGAGAGCACUGCAAUUGAAAGCUUAAAGCGCUUUUGUGAUGCUAUAAUAGGAGUUUUCGAAGAACAAUACUUAAGAAAACCUAACAAAAAUGAUGUUGCAAGGCUAUUAAAAGAAAACCUAACAAAGAUAAUGUUUUGA